AUGUUUCAGGUGAUUUCUCUAUUCCCUCGAAGAUAACUUGAACUUAUAAAUCUGAUCGAAUUUUGGCCUUUUUUGAAAUUUUUUUCGUUCUAACUACAAGUUAAUAUUUUGUAAAUAUUUUUGUGGAAACACAUGACUCUAUAAAUGACUUCAACAUCAGUGUUUCUGUAACUGUUUUUGUUUUGUUUUUUUACAUUGUGUUUGACUUUCGUCGAUAUUUAAAUUUUGAUGAUUUUUAGACGAUUGUGAAAAAUAUGACAAUUCAUCAUGAUCAGAACUCUCUCAACUAAAAUUGGUUACUCUGAUCAAGUGUUGAAUCGUUCUGUGAUCAUCUCAACCAAUGAUAAUAUUUACCGUAAUCUUGCCCUAGAGGAUUGGCUCUAUAACAAAUAUCCUGUUGUAAAUAAAUCAAAAACCUGGUAUCGUUUGUUGUUAUGGCAUAACAAACCUUGUAUUGUACUUGGUCGUCAUCAAAACCCUUGGAAUGAAGUCCACAUUAACCGUUGUCAAACACUUGGAAUACCUAUUGCAAGACGUAACAGUGGCGGAGGAACAGUUUUCCAUGAUUUAGGAAAUCUUAAUUUGUGUUUUCUCUCAGACAAAAAAUCUUACAAUCGAAAAAGAAACAACGAAUUGAUCAUCAGAACUUUAAAUAAAUAUUAUGGAGUCAAUUGUGAAAUAUCCAGCCGAGAAAAUUUAAUCACUAAAGAUGGUGGUUUCAAAGUUUCUGGAACAGCCUCAAAACUUAGCUCAUUAUCAGCAUAUCAUCAUUGCACUUUAAUGCUGAAUGUUGAUUUAACAUUAAUGGUUAAAGUAACUAAAACUGGUUGUCAUUUAUUCGAGAACAAAGCAACUCCAAGUGUACAUGCAUCCGUUGAAAAUUUGUGUUCAAUCUGUCCAAGUAUCAAUAUGAAUAAUUUUAUUUCUAAUAUAUCAUCAGAAUUUAUCAACGAAUUUGGAGAUAAUGGAAUCAUUGAAGUCGAUCCAGAUGACAGGAAAUUUAACGAUAUCGAUGCGAAAUAUGAUGAACUGACCAGCUGGAAAUGGAUAUUCGGUAAAACGCCAAAAUUCGAAAUUACUUAUGAAGAUUUCGGGAUAAAAUGCAAACUGGUCGUUAACUAUGGAUUAAUUGAGAAAGUUGAAACUUUGCCAUGUAUGGAUUUUUCGUUUCUCAAGGGUGUCAGAUUUGUUAGAGAAGACGUUAUAGCUGGUUUCAUUUGCAAUGAACAUGAAUUUGAUCAAGAUUAUUUGGUUGCUAGGUCAUUAAUAAUCAAAAUAAUUGAUCAAAUUUAUUCGUGAAAUGUAACUUUUUUAAUCUUUUAUAAAUUGUAAGAUAAAAGAAGCUUUUUGGAAAGAAGAGAAAAUGUUCAUUUUGAUCUUGUUAGCGAUUAUAAAAAAAUUAUCAGUUUACUUCAAGUUUCAAAUGUUUCCAUUUUUUAUCAUGCGAUUUGAUCGAGUUUUAAUUAGAAAGAAGGAAAAAAUUAGUGACUUUCGGUUGAAUAAAUUUUAAGCUGAAAGAUUUAAA